ACAUGGGAGGCGCCGAAGUUGCUAUAUCAGAACUUCUUCUCUGGUAUAAGGAGGAUACGUCUAAUAACUCAAUUGCUGUAAACCUAUUGUUAUUUUUCUGGUAUUAAACAUCUCUUCAGUCUCAGAUUGAUUGCAAUGUUCCUUCUACUUCACCUCAUCGUUCUGAUAGAUGCCAAAGGUUUUUUACUGACUGAAGGAAGCACAAUAACAUCUUUGUGCCCAAAAGGCUACUUCCCCUGUGGAAACCUUACCAAAUGCCUACCCCGAGCUUUCCACUGUGAUGGCGUGAAUGACUGUGGGAAUGGUGCUGAUGAGGAAAACUGUGGCGACACUAGUGGAUGGGCGACUAUAUUUGGCACAGUCCAUGGAAAUGCUAAUAAUGUGGCAUUCACACAGGAGUGCUUUCUUAACCAGUAUCCACAAGACUGUGACUGCAAAGACACGGAACUAGAAUGUGUAAAUGCUGGCUUAAUGUCUGUGCCCACCAUCUCCAGCAAUGUGACAUUACUGUCCCUUAAGAAAAACAAAAUUCACAGUCUUCCAGGAAAAGUUUUCAUCAAAUAUCCAGAACUUGAAAAGAUAUUUCUCCAGUAUAAUUGUAUUAGACACAUAUCCAGGAAAGCAUUUUUUGGAUUGUAUAAUCUGCAAAUAUUAUAUCUCAGCCACAAUUGCAUCACAACUCUCAGACCUGGAGUAUUCAAAGACUUACAUCAGCUAACUUGGCUAAUUCUAGAUGACAAUCCAAUAACCAGAAUUUCUCAGCGGUUGUUUACUGGAUUAAAUUCCUUGUUUUUCCUGUCUAUGAUUAAUAACUACUUAGAAGCUCUUCCCAGGCAGAUGUGUGCCCACAUGCCUCAACUCAACUGGAUAGAUUUGGAAGGCAAUAGAAUAAAACAUCUCAUGAAUUCUACCUUCCUCUCGUGUGAAUCUCUCACAGUGCUGUUUCUGCCUAGAAAUCAAAUUGAUUUUGUUCCAGAGAAGACAUUUUCUUCAUUAAAAAAUUUAGGAGAACUGGAUCUAUCUAGCAAUAUGAUAAUGGAGCUACCACCCCACAUUUUUAAAGACUUGAAGCUUCUACAAAAACUGAGUCUGUCGUCCAAUCCUCUUUUGUAUCUUCACAAGAACCAGUUUGAAAGUCUUAAGCAACUUCAGUCUCUAGACCUGGAAAGGAUAGAGAUUCCAAAUAUAAACACACAGAUGUUUCAGCAUAUGAAGAAUCUAUCUCACAUUUAUUUCAAAAACUUUCGAUACUGCUCCUAUGCUCCCCAUGUCCGAAUAUGUAUGCCCUUGACUGACGGCAUUUCUUCAUUUGAGGACCUCUUGGCUAACGAUAUCCUCAGAAUAUUUGUCUGGGUUAUAGCUUUCAUAACCUGCUUUGGAAAUCUUUUUGUCAUUGGCAUGAGAUCUUUCAUUAAAGCUGAAAAUACGACUCACGCUAUGUCCAUCAAAAUCCUUUGUUGUGCAGACUGCCUGAUGGGUGUGUACUUGUUCUUCAUUGGUUUUUUUGAUAUAAAAUACCGCGGGCAGUAUCAGAAGUACGCGCUGCUGUGGAUGGAGAGCUUACAAUGCCGCCUCAUAGGGUUCCUGGCCAUGCUGUCCACCGAAGUCUCUGUCCUGUUGCUGACCUAUCUGACUCUGGAGAAAUUCCUCGUCAUUGUCUUUCCCUUCAGUAACAUUCGUCCUGGAAAAUGGCAGACCUCAGUCGUCCUCAUUUGCAUUUGGAUAGUGGGGUUUUUAAUAGCUGUAAUUCCACUUUGGAAUGAGGAUUAUUUUGGAAACUUUUAUGGAAAAAAUGGAGUCUGUUUCCCACUUUAUGAUGACCAAACAGAAGAUUUUGGAAGCAAAGGGUAUUCUCUUGGAAUUUUCUUAGGUGUGAACUUGCUGGCUUUUCUCAUCAUUGUGUUUGCCUAUGUUACUAUGUUCUGUUCCAUUCAAAAAACUGCCUUGCAAACUUCGGAAGUGAGGAAUCACAUUGGAAGAGAAGUGGCUGUUGCAAAUCGUUUCUUUUUUAUAGUGUUCUCUGAUGCCAUCUGCUGGAUUCCUGUAUUUGUAAUUAAAAUUCUUUCCCUCUUCCGGGUGGAAAUACCAGGUACCAUCACUUCCUGGAUAGUCAUUUUUUUCCUUCCAGUAAACAGUGCCUUGAACCCAAUCCUCUACACUCUCACAACCAGCUUUUUCAAAGACAAGCUGAAACAGUUGCUGCACAAGCAUCGGAGGAAAGCUAAUUUCAAAACUAAAAAGAAAAGUUUAUCUACAUCCAUUGUGUGCACAGAUGACUCCUCCUCACUUAAACUUGAGGUUUUGAACAAAAUCACCCUUGGGGACAGUAUAGUGAAGCCAAUUUCCUAGUGAUGGUUUUGAAUCUGCACUUUCAAUGGACUACCUAAAAAAAAAACAAAAAGUACAGCAUUUGGAAAAUGACAUCACCAUGCUUUUCAUCUUCACCAGUAGCAAGCCUUUCUGCACGGAGAGCACAGCAGAGUGACUUCUGGCCCUGCGUUCCAGGGGCAGCUGCACUGCUAUCCACUGUACUGAGAACUGUACCUAAGGGUUCCUGUCGCCCUCACAUGGCUGAAAUGCGCCAGUGAAUGCAUGUAUAGUAGGUUGACAUGCAUUUGAUCUCUAGCUAGUCAGCACUACCUACUACCAGCAAAUAUUCACAUGUUAGUACCACAUAAGUCUGCUUUUAAAUUGAGAUGUCCUCUCAGUAGAAUAAAAACAUUCACAACAUCUAAUUUUAGUGUAACAACAGAAGACUGACAUCUCUUUCCUUGUGUUUUCAAUGUCCAAUAAAGCCAUCAGCUUCCUCCUGAACUGAUAGCAAAGGAUUUCUGAGAUGUUCAUCCCCCUCAAUUCCUGUCCUAAGAAGGCGGGUAGAGUACAAAUGCUGGGAAAGUUCAUAUAAAGUUACCAUGUGUAAUAUAUGCUCAGACACACACAGUGAUGAUACCUCAUACCAGUCACCUUGUUGACUUUUACUUAAUGUCAGAAAAGCUUAGACCUCAGACAAGAUAUUUUUCUUGUGCCCAGGCCACAAAGGAAAAAUUAGGCACUUCAAAUACCAAAAAAAUAUAUUUUACCAUGUUUUUAAGUAUAACUUAUUUAACAUAUCUCUAUGACUGGCAAGUUAUGCAUUCAGAGAACACACAGAUAAGAGUGUUAAAGGAAAUUUAAGAAGUGUGCUUGAUUUGGGAUCAUUUGCUUGGUUGGAUAAAUUCCCAUUGUUUUUAACAAAAAGGCCAGUUAAGUUUGGAUUUGCAUUUUGCAAAUAAAAAGUGAAGGCCUGGACAUGUUUUUAUAACUAAAGUUCAUAUGUGAAAAACAAUUCAGGUGAAUAAAAUUUUAUUUUGCAUUUGUCCAUAUAUUAUUUUAAGUUGAAUAAAGACCAUAGUAAGGUUUAUUGACUGGUAGAGAAUAUGCUUUCCAGAUCAAGUCAGGAAACAGGACUUCAGUUAACAAAACACAUCUUAGAUUUUUCUUUCUCUUCUCUUUUUUCCACAGUGUGAGGCAGUAAUUUAAUUUAUUUGUUGUUCACAUCAUCCUGAGUUCCUGUAAUGAAAUGCAGGGUCAGACACUGACUGGCAAUACCAGUUAUCCCACUGCAUAGUAAAUGAACUAUCAAGUUGAAUUCAGAAAAGCAAGAUUCUCAGACUUUAUGUUUAUCUCUCAUUGCUUAAUAUUUACUAAAAUCAUUAUGUGAGUUUCGCCAUUUUGAUCAAGUGGGAGAUUUUUUACAUCAAUGAAAUCUUUCCAUUGGAUUCUAGAAAUGACAUUCCUAUUCACUAAUGAGGCUGCCCUUUUCCAUAUGGUUUCAAACUUUUCUUCAUCUUGUCUCUUCACUAUGACUAGUCACUUCUUAACAUGUUUUCUAUAUUUACCAACAUUUUAUUAAACUUUACUUGCCUUGAUCAUCAUAUGGUUUAUUUCCUAAUAUACUUCCCAACAUCAAGGACAUAAAAAAGGAAAAGACCCUGAGCCUAGGGAACUUCAAUCUUAGCACAAAUGUGUGUCUUCUCUUCAUGGAAAGCAUGAAACAUGGCCCAUGAACCUAACAUCUGGGAACUGUGUUUGUGAAUUUCUGCACUCUAACCUUUGAGCAGUGGACAUGAGAAGCACAAGGUCAAAGGCAUCAGGGAAGUUGGCAACAUAUCUCACUGAAGAAUUGAAUUUUGAUGGCUUGGUGAUUUACAAUCUUAUUCUGUACUGUUAUGUAUAUAGAAAACCAUCAGAAAUAUAUUUGAUUUUAGCAUUUUAUAUUUUUGUCUCUGAAUUGAAUAAGUGUUAAGUGGUAGGUCAGAUUUGUUUCAUAAAUGCAGUAUUUCUGUGUGGUUAUGAAAACACCAGCUCUGUUCAUCAAUGACUUUCCAAAAUAAUAUAAACAUCAAUUAAAUAUCA